AAACGCACCUUAACCGGUCCCGCUAUAUAAAUAAGGAAAAUCCGAAAUUCUUAUUUUCUUUUUCGGUCGGAGGGACAGUACCCUGCCGGAGAUAGCAAAGAAACCUUCGUCGGAGGUCUAUUCUUUCGAUGGAUACCCUUAUAAAGCUUGAUACUGCUGUGCUGCAGCAUCAAAAUCAAAAGCUUUCGCAAAAGUUGGAAGCACAGAAGAUCGAGAUUGCUGCAUUUGAGUCCAAAUUUACUGAACAAAAGGAAAAACAACAACCCUAUGAUAGCACUUUGUCAUUAGUCCAAAAUUCGUGGGAAGAGCUGGUUGAUGAGCUGAAAGCACGCACAAAUCACUUAAAGGAUUUCUCAAUUUGCCUAAAGGAUUUGAUCAAGCAUAAAGAUCGAUUUACUCAAGAAGAUGGUUCUUCACCAGCUGGUGGUGAUGCUUUCAUGAGUGAGCUAUUACAAACAGAUGAAAAGGAUAGCAGCUCUUCCGUUGAUACAACAUCUAUAGUGGUAGAGGACAAGAAAAUAGAUGAUGACAGGACUAUGGACUUAGUGUCUAAUGCAGUUGGAGCUGUUGAUGACCUCUGGCAUAUAAAGGAUAAAUUGUAUACUUUAGUUCUUAAGUCACUUUCAGAUGAUGGAUUGAUCCCUGCAGAGUCAUCCCAUGAAUUGAAGAUGGAAGUUAAAAACCUGAGGCAGACUCUAAAUGAACUCCAUGUGAAGCACAUAACAUUGACAGGUGAAUUGCAGAGCCAUAGAGAUGCUGAUGCGAAGAAUAAAGCUGAGAUUAAGCGUUUAAGAGGGGAGUUAGAGAAAACAAUUGCAGAUUUGGAAGAGAGUAACAGAAAAUUGGCAAUUCUGAAAGCAGAGAAAGAUGUUACAAAAGGGGCUUUUUUCCCAGUCCUGAACGUUGGUAAUAAGCAUGCGGCUGGUGAUAAGGUCAGAGAUAAACAGAAAGAUAUGCAAGACAUGGAGUCAACCCUAAAAGAGUUAUUGGACCAAUCCUCCUUUCGACUAUUAGAACUCAAAGAUCUUCACCAGGAAAGGAUAGAAAUAUUGAAGCAUUUGUCUAACUUGCAGAACAUGUUGAAGAAUGUGAAGUACAUAUGCUCUUCACAAUCUUAUGUCUUAAUUAAAGAGCAACUUGAGAAGACUAAGGCAGAUUUAGCUCAGUAUCAAUCUAUGUAUAAGAAAAUACAGGUUGAAAAGGACAAUCUCUCUUGGAGGGAGAAAGAAAUGAAUUUGAAAAAUGAUUUACUUGAUGUUUUGCAUCGAUCCUCCACUGUUGCUGAUUCCAGAAUAAAUGAUCUUGAAAUGGAGAUACAGAAACAUAAACGUGAAAGAAACCUGAUUGAGAUGAGGCUGGAAGAAGCUUCUAGAGAACCUGGUAGGAAAGAAAUUAUUUCUGAAUUCAAAACUUUGGUUUCUUCAUUUCCAGAAGAAAUGGGUAGUAUGCAGAAUCAAUUAAGAAAUUACAAAGAAACUGCUGCAAAUGUUCAUUCUUUACGUGCUGAUGUUCAGUCUCUUUCCAAUAUUCUUAACCAGAAGGUUGAACAGUUGGAAAAAUUGUCUGCUAUAUCCGUUGCCCAGGACACUGAAAUGCUGAAGUUGCAAGCUAUAGUUCAAGAUUUGAAGGAGAAUGCUGUGGAGCUUAAUCUCUUUUUGGACAUGUUCAGGCGUGAGUCCCCUUAUACCAGGGAUGUUCUUGAAGCCAGGGACUCUGAGUUCAGGGCUUGGGCUUCUGUUCAGAGCUUAAAAACUUCUCUUGAUGAGCAGAAUUUGGAAACUCGAGUCAAAACUUCAAUUGAAGCCGAGGCUAGAUCUCAGCAAAAGCUUGCUGCCACAGAAGCUGAGAUUGCUGAGCUGAGACAGAAGUUGGAGGUUUCUAAAAGGGAACAAUCCAGAUUUUCUGAAGCCUUGAAAUCCAAACACGAGGAGACUGAGGCCUACCUUUCUGAAAUUGAGACAAUUGGCCAAGCCUACGAUGAUAUGCAAAAUCAAAAUCAACAACUUUUGCAGCAAAUCACUGAGAGGGAUGACUAUAACAUUAAGCUUGUUAUGGAGGGAAUCAGGGCAAGACAGCAACAGGAUGCUUUACUUAAGGAAAAUCAAACCUUGGAGAAAGCGAUUCAAGAAACCAAAACAACUUGCAAUUUCUAUGAACUAAAAGCAGCCAGAAUUGAUGAUCAGUUAAGAACAUGCUCAGACCAAGUCCAGAGGCUUGCGGAAGAUAGAGUUCAGAAUAGAGCUACUUUGGAAAGUUCUCAGAAGAGGUUAAUAGAUGCUAAAAAAUCAUCCCAGCAACAACGGGAGGCACUUGAAGAGCUCCAGUCCAAGGUUGAUAAAAGCCGAGUAGAUCUUGCUGACCAGCAGAUAGAUCUAGAGAAAGAAAGAUUUCAAAGGAAAAGGGCAGAAGAGGAUGUAGAAGCUCUAAGGAGAAAGACUACACGCUUAAGGUCACAAAUUGAGGGGUUAUCUGUUAUCGAAAAACAUCAACAGAAACUGAGGGAAUACAAGGAAAUACUCAACUGUAGUGUAUGCCAUGACAGGCGAAAGGAGGUUGUCAUCACAAAAUGCUACCAUCUGUUCUGUAAUCCUUGCAUCCUAAAAGUCAUCGAAGCACGCCAUCGCAAAUGCCCAGUUUGUGCUGCAAGCUUUGGAGCUAAUGAUGUGAAGCCUGUUUAUAUAUGACUAUGCUGUCUUUUUAGAACAUCUGUUCUUCCUACUUAUAUUAUGCUUCCUUGUAUUUAGUUGCAAAGCAUGGAUUUACAGCCAUUACAUAUUGUUUGGAUUUGUUUAGUAGUUUAUCUAGUAGACUUGUUUUUUCUCAUCCAAUAUAAUUUUAACGGGCCAUUUGGUU